CCGCAAUGUUAAUUUAUCAGUUAAGUUUCUUGUUGUAUUCUAAAUAGAUUGUCAUUGAGUUGAAAUUUUGUAAAGUGUAAAAUUUGAUGUGAAUAAUGGGUAUAUAUGUCUAUUUUUUACGUGGAACGACCCAUAUAAUUUUUUUGAAUUGUUAUCUGUUACUGAUAUAAUUUAUCAGUAAGAUUUUUAUACUAUCUUCGAUGAAGAUACAGAUUUAGGAGAACUAUUACUGUUUAAAUUUGUCAGGUUAUGUGUAGUUUUUUUUUAUUUUCAUGAGUUAAAAAAUUAAUUUUGUCUUACAUUAAUUUAAUUAUUUUCUCUGAAUUAGUAAACAAACGUGUUGCAUAUGAGAAGUCUCGGAGGCGCUGCGUGUGUGACUUUGCCAUUUGAUUUUUAAUUUUGAAUUUACGUUCGCCUCUUGACCUAUGCUCUUAAAUUUUGAAGUUAUGUUUAACUUUAUAAUCUGGAAUAAAUAUAUUGAAUUAGUUUCAACAUUAUGAUCUAUAAAAGGUACUUUAUCUUUGUGCUCGCUCUCGCGGUCACUGGAUACGCUUUUUUCUUGUUUAUCAACAUUUAUCAAAUUCCAAAUCUAUUGCCGUUUAACAUAAAUGAACUUCCGGCUGGCGAUGAAAGUACUUUGAUUGAUUUGAAAAAUUUCAACUUUAUUUUAAAUCACGAUACAUGCAGCAGAACUCAACCGUAUCUAUUAGUGAUGGUUCAUUCUGCUCCACAAAACUUGAAAAGAAGAAAUACUAUUCGUGAAACGUGGGGUCAAGUAUCAUCAUCUGUAAUUACUGUUUUCCUUGUUGGAUGGUCUGAAAAAUAUCAAACAGAGCUUGUAAAUGAAAAUUUUAAAUUUGGUGACUUAAUCCAAGGGAAUUUUCUUGAUACAUAUAGAAAUUUGACUUAUAAACAUAUUAUGGCUCUAAAGUGGGCCAUAUAUUAUUGUUCUUAUGCCAAAUAUAUAUUAAAAUUGGAUGAUGAUGUAUAUGUGCAUAUCACUGCAGUAUUGGACUACUUAAAGCAUAAAUUACCUCCUAGGAGAAGCAAGCAUCUUAUACUUUGUAAUCCCCUAACAAAGGCGCCAGUAAUAAGAUCCAAUAGUUCAAAAUGGGGAGUAUCUUUGAAAGAAUAUACAGGAAGUUAUUAUCCAAAAUAUUGCCUAGGCCCUUAUAUUUUUUAUUCUCCUUAUACUGCAUUUUCAUUAUAUCGUCAAGCUCAAAAAGAACCUUUUUUUUGGAUAGAUGAUGUACAUGUCACUGGAACCAUAGCUUCAAAAGUUAAUGUAACUCGAAAUUCCUUAAAUUCACUUGCACUAUCAUUAAAAGAGCAAGAUUACAUUCUGCUUAAUUCUAAUUGUUCCAAGAAUUUUUUGUUUGGAUCACUAAAUUUGGGAUUAAAUGAAAUAAGAGCUCUACACAAUAUUGUUUCUCAUUGCUGAUUAUAAAUUUAUAAACUAAUAGAGCGAAAAUAAGUGAAAACAGCCAAUUGCAAAAUUUUUGUCUCCGAUUUUUAAGUUAUUUACAUUUUUUAAUAGGUAUAUGCAUAUACUUUUACCCCCUAAAAUAUUUUUCAAAAAUAUUAUUUAUUUUGGAAAUGAGGGGGGGGGGGUGAAAGUUUUGGGUAAUGAAAUUUUCUUUUUGCUAUUACUCGGAAACGAAUAAAGAUAAUUGAGUGAACUUUGUUUUAAAUUAAAGCUUAAAGUCUAUAUUUUCAUGUCUAAUCAAAGCGCUUGUUGUAAAAUUAAAACUUUUAAUUGUUAUUAACAAUUUUUUAAACAAUUGCAAUUUAGAAUGUGUUCUCAAUGUCAGACAAUAAAAAGACUAGGCUGAUUUGAUGCGCAAAACUCUAACGAGUAAAUUAAAAAAAAGAAAAAUGUGUAACCUCCGAUAUUUAAAAAGUUAUGAAUAUUUUUCUGAUUAGCUCGCCGCUCGCACUUCCAAAUAAUUGACUAUUUUUAUAAGUAUUUAUAUAUAUUUGUAACACAUCAUCCCCCAUCCCCCAAACUUAUAUAUUUAAUUUAUAAUUUAUAUAUUAUAUAUUUAAUUUAUAUAUUUAAUAUAUAUAUAUAAAUUUAAGAAUUUUAAUUUGUUUCAACAAAUUGUUAUAAACAAAUGGAAAAAAAAUAAAAUUACAAAAAAUAGAUGGUGCCAUUCUAGUAUUCUGCGGGAAAAAUUACUAAAAAAAAAAAUUGGCAUGUAAUAAAUAUUCCUGCAGAAAAUUUUCCCGUAGAAUCGAAUGGCGACAUCUAUUUUUUGUAUUUUUUAUUUUUUUCCAUUUCUUUGUAACAUUUUGUUUAAACAAAUUAAUUUUAAAUAAAAUAUUAACCUGAUCAGUGAAAUUUCACUGAUUUAGCAGCCAGAAGUCGGUUACUGAUUUCAAAACAGUGAAAAUUUGACUGAUUCAAAUUAAGAGAGACUGCUUAUCAUAUUUCAAUUAGAAUUGUUUCGAAAGUUUGUAAAUAUAUAUAUAUUUAAAUUAAUAUUGACUUUCAAAGAAAUUCUAAUUGAAAUAUGAUAAAUUUUUUCAUUUGACAGAUAAGUUUACAAACCAAUUUUCACCUAAUGAUUUUCAUCUUUUUACACAAUAAUCAAUUAAUUUUAAUAAGUUAUAAAUAGACUAUUUUUAACAUAAAUAUCAAUAUGUUAAAACAUAUAUAUUAUAUCUAAAUUACUUCCGUGCUUUUAUCUUAAAUUUCUACUACUGUCAAAAUAAGCUUUUUUCCGUGUAACUCAAAUAGAAAAUUAAAAUUUAGUCAAAUACAUAUAAUUCCAAAAGGUAUUGCCCAAAAAUAUGUUGUACGGAUUUUAAAAAAUCAUUAUUACAAAGUAUGUGAUUUUUCUAAAAAUAUGCCGCAACGACUUUCGGCGAAAUAUAAUGAACUGACUCACAAUGUUUUUUAUAAAUGAAAAAUAAUUUAAGAAAUUUGACAUGCAACAAAAAAUUGUAUUGUUAAUAAAGCAAAAUAAAUAAUAAUAAAUUACAAUAUUGAAAUUUAGGGUAAAAUUAUAUUUAAAAUUAAAUAAUAUUAUUUUUCAUUUUAAAUGGAAUAAAUGAACAUGGAAAAUGAACACAUGAACAGCAUAUGGCGCUAGUGUUCUAAGAAAAUAUUUUUAUAAACUUUGCGACCUCAUUAAGAAACAAUGAAAUUUUCAAGAUGGUGCACAUAUUUAAAUAUUGAAAAUAAACAUUAAUUUAUAAAUAAAUUAUUUAAAAAAUU